AAUUAUUUAUCUUGCGCUGCCGCACUUCCCCCUCAACCCCUGCAGUAAUCAUUCUAGCUAUUGCAGCCAUGUUCCACGACCUUAAUGUGCCCUGGACGGACGCGACGCGCGAGCUGCAGCGCACAGUAGCGUUUCUCGACGAAUGAUACGACGUUGUUGCUCUCACGCACACCUAUUCGGGAAAACUGCCGACUGAUAUAAGUUCACCUGUACCCACAAAACUCCCCUUUCCAGUUCCUCCGCGCAUGCGCAUUGUACGACGCUGCAACAUCUUCCUGACCGACUCGGCCUCCAACUUCCGCAUACCCCAACUCCAGCAGCAAUAUGACCUCGUGGCUGCGCGACCGACCGACGAUCGCACCCUCCAGCAAGCAUGUCAGAGUCUGGACGUAGACAUAAUUUCACUCGACCUGACUAGGCGGUUCGAGUCCCACUUCAAGUUCCCUACGCUGGGGACAGCUAUAUCCCGUGGUAUUAAGAUUGAGAUAUGCUACAGCCAGGGUAUCAUGUCAAGCGAUCCCGCCGCAAAGCGCAACCUGAUUAGCAAUGCGACACAGCUCAUACGCGUGACCCGCGGUCGGGGCCUCAUCUUUAGUUCAGAAGCGAAGAGCGUGCUAGGCAUACGCGCACCAAGCGAUGUCAUCAACCUGGCUUCUGUUUGGGGACUCGGCACAGAGAGAGGGAAAGACGGUCUUACAAAGGAGCCCAGGAGCGUAGUCGAGUAUGCGCGACUGAAGCGCCAGAGCUUCAAGGGCAUCAUAGAUAUUGUCUAUGGUGGUGAGAAACCAGCGCAGAGCUCUGCGGCCGGGGGCAAAGACAAACAAGGCCACAAGGGGAAAGCAAACAAGAACCAGAACGGCAAGCGGCCAGGCGAGAGCUUAGAGGGCACUCCCCUGCACGAGACCAAGGCGGAAAAGCCAAUCUCGAAGCGCCAGCAAGCCAAGAACAAAAAGGCAAAAGUACAGGAGGGAGGUGAAGAAGUGACAGGAUCUUGAAGAAGGAGCAUUAUGACUCUAUCCAAACAGACGGCAGAUGAUACCCAUAGACACGAGCAGCAAUGCACAAGAACAGUCAUACCCACACC